AUGGAAUUGGAGCGUUCAAAGGCCUCAAACGACCAGGCGGCUGAGACUAUCAAGAGAUUGACUGAGAGCAGCCAGCAGCUGCAGCAGGAGUGCUGCGAGAAGCAGAAACAGCUGGAGCAGCAGCAGCGACAGCAGCAGCAGCAGCAGCAGCAAGUGCAGUACCUGCAGCAGCAGCAGCAGCAAAGAGUGCGGGAGCUGCAGCAGCAACUGCGAGAAAUGCAGAAAUACAAAGAAGAAGCAGCAGAGAGAGCUCGCGUUGCUGAUGCUGCUGUUGCUAGCCUGAGGAGGGAGAAGACGCAGCUAGAAGGGGGUAUCUUGCUGCUGCAGCAGCAGCAGCAGCAGCUGCAGCAGCAGCACCAGCAGCACCAGCAGCAGCAACGGCACCUGCAGCAGCAGCAUCAACAACAGGUACAACAAAUGCAGAGGCAAAUGCAGCAGCAAGCGCAGCAGAUAAAGCAGCAGCAACAGUUGCUGCAGCAGCAGCAGCAGCAGCAAGACAUGGAGAAGCAAUCGAAGCAAACUCUCGCAGCAGAAGAGACUGCAACAAGGCCUUCAACAGCAGACACCGCAGGUCGUGAGGAGGAGACAGCGCGAUUGAAGGCGAGGCUUAGGGCUGAGAAUGAGAGUUUAAAAGCACGACUUCGCAAACUUGGAGGACGGCCCUGUGGGGCCCCCGAGGCCCUCCCUGUAGGUGCUGCUGCUGCUGAAGCAGCAGCAACAGCAGCAGCAACAGGAGCAGCAGCAGCAGCAGCUGCUGCUGCUGCUCCUGCUGCAGCGAACAGCCAGCAGCCUGCAGGAGGGGCCCCCACUGCUGCUGCAGAUUAUCCAUGCAGCAGCAGCCAAUUGAAAGAUGAUGCAGCAGCAGCAGAAACAGCAGCAGAAGCAUCAUCAGCAGCAGAAGCAGCAUCAGCUGGUGGUGCUGCUGCUAGUGCUGCACCAUCUGCUGCUUCUUCGGCUGCUUCUGCUUCUGCUGCUGCUGCUCCCGCUGCUGCUGCUGCUGCUGCAGCUGCUGCAGCAGAGAAUAAUACUGUUGAAGGAGGGCUUCAAGGCGCCCGGCUGCUGCAGAAAGCUGCAGCUGAAAGGAGACAGACAGCAGAGACAGCUGAGACAGCAGAGACAGCAGAGACAGCAGCCACAGACGUAGAAAGUGCUGUACACUUACUGCAGCAGAAGCAAAACGAAAAGAGAGAUGCCGCAAGCAGCACUCUGCUGCAUCAGCACGCAGACAUGCAGUUUAAAACCCAGCAGCAGCAGCAAGAGAAGCAGCAGCAGCAGCAGCAGCAGCAGCAAGCGGGACCGCCUCCAUCGACCGCCUGCCCCCAGCCAUCUGACGAUUGA